AUGCGCUAUGCCCCUCUUCAAGCUGAUGACGAAGCAUCACAACAUGACGAAAACCAAAGCUUGUGUGGCAACAGCGCGGGCGAUGAUUUAGCUUCUUCAUUUGAUGCACCAGAAGAUGCUACUGCGGCAGACGAACGCUUACGACUCAUAGAACCGACUCCAGCCCAAUUUGGGGUCGCUGUGGGCACUACGCCAUCGCAACAACGAAGAAUUAUACACAUCAGCGGGAACGAUGGAGUCUUUACAAACAUCAGUGCCAAACCCACAGUAGAGCUGGAAAAGGAAGAACACCCUCCUACCUACGAGCAAGCUUCGUCCGACAAUGCGCCGCCCUAUUGGGAAACGACAAUGUACAUGCUCGGUGCGUCUGACGAGAUUUUCAUCGAUGGCCUGGCUGUAGGUCACAUCUUUGGCUUUGUAUGGAACAUGCUUGUGUCGGUGUCAUUCCAGUUCAUUGGUUUCCUUCUGACCUACGUCUUACACACCACUCACGCAGCCAAAUAUGGAUCACGCGCAGGAUUUGGGGCCACGCUUAUUCAGUAUGGAUUUUAUCUGCGCGCUCCAGAGGUCCCGUCAGACAAUAGUGGCUUGAGCGAAGAUACGCGCGGUGGCCGGAGCUCUAUACGCGAUGCGUUGGGGCGGCACACAGACUACGCAGCUUAUGCAAUGCUCGCUGUCGGAUGGCUCUUGCUUAUCAAGAGUACCGCUGACUUUCUCAAAGUACGGCGGAUGGAGGCUUGCGUGCGGGAAACGUCUACCUCCGAUGGCUCGACUGCAGUUGUGGCGCACAACGAAACGCCACAGACAGCUGUAUGA